AUGCGUUUUUCCUGGUUUUUACGCGUUCAUCCACCGGAGCCUACAGGUCGUGAAACUCUUCGGCAUAGUUUAAAACAAGAACGCGAGAAAAAUAUCGUUUUAAAUAAAAAAUUACUUGACCAUUACCUUUUAACAAAUGCAAUCGAUUUACAAAUUUUACCGAUAGAUUUUAAUAAUAGUAAUUUUCCAUCUCAACAAGCUUUUCUUUCUCCAAAUCAAUCGCUUCUUGUUCCGCAACAACAAAAUAUGUCGACCCCGAAUGACCCUUCGCGCGUCUUAAUCAUCCAUUCACCUAAAACCCCGAUUUGCUGUGCGAAUCUUAAUCAAACCAUCACAUCGCCCAGUUCACUUGCUUUGAAGCAACAACUUAAACUAGCCGAUCAACGAACGAAUACAAGAAUGACAAUUUGUAGUCUUUGUCCAAUUAGUUUGAUAGCUAUCUUCGUAUUCAUCUAUAUUCUCGUACAAUAUGUUCUUAAUGAAAAACAGAUCUAUAUGCUCAAGUACGGUCUGUAUACGGGUUUCGUCAUGCUGUUGUCCGUCAUUAUUAUCCCUGUGUUUUUGAUUCGGCCGCGCAAUGCGCUUAAUAUUCGUAUUGCUUCAUUGAUUCUCAAUCCUGUUUUCACUCUAUUUGGCACGAAGUAUCGAUUGGAGGACGCAACAGUUUUGGAUAAAGAAGGACCGUGUGUAAUUGUUGCUAAUCAUCAAUCGUCGAUAGAUUUCAUAGGCAUGAUGAGACUUUGGCCGGAGCAUAUACGUUAUUGUACAAUUCUGGCGAAAAAAGAGUUAUUUUAUGCAUUUCCGUUCGGUUUAACGGCAUGGUUAGCAGGUUUAGAAUAUGUGGAUCGGAAGAAUCGCGAACGAUCAAGUGAAACGAUGCGGCAGGUCACGAAAAAAGUCCAAGAGAAAUCAUUGCGGUUAUGGGUUUUUCCCGAAGGAACACGAAAUAUGACGGAGACGUUUCUCCCAUUCAAAUUUGGCGCUUUUCGUUUGGCUAUUGAUGCUCAAGUGCCAAUUGUUCCCGUCGUUUUUUCGUCAUACAAAUCAAUCUACAAUGCUGACAAAGCCAGUCAUAGCUAUUUCUGGCGUCCCGGAUGCGUUACGAUUAAAUGUCUCGAACCCAUCGAAACAAAAGGCAUGACUAUCGAAAAAGAUCUGGCGCGCUUAACCGAAAUGACUCGGCAACGAAUGAUGAAUGCAUAUCAAACUAUUAAAACGAUUACAAAUGACAAAAAAGACGAAUAA